AUGAUAACACGUACUCUGAACGUCGUAGACUAUGUUCUUCUUGUUUUACUCCUCUUAGCAUCGGCAGUUAUCGGUGUUAUAUUUGGAUGUGUCAAAUCAAAGAAAAACUCAGCAAAAGAAUUUCUUCUCGCUAACCGCGAAAUGGGAGUAUUUCCAGCAGCUCUCAGUAUAACAGCAUCGUUUCUAUCGGCUAAUACUAUGCUAGGAACACCGAGUGAAAUUUAUACAUAUGGAACUAUGUACUGUUAUCAUACUGUUUCUUGGACUAUAGCUGUAACAAUAACAGCAUUGGUAUUUAUGCCCAAAUUCCGUGAAAUGAAUUGCACAAGUGCUUAUGAAUAUUUAGAAAAACGCUUCGAUUGUUCAGUGCGCGUUUGCGUCUCUCUUAUUUUCUCCAUUUUCAUGCUGAUCUACAUGGCCAUUGUUUUAUAUGGCCCGGCAUUAGCACUCAGUCAGACCACUGGUUUAAAUAUAUGGCUUUCAGUUGUUUCGAUUGGAGUUGUUUGUACUUUUUAUUCAUCUGUGGGUGGAAUGAAAGCUGUGAUUUGGACAGAUGUUCUACAAGCAUUCGUUAUGUUUGUUGGUCUUCUCUCAGCAAUUAUACAAGGUUUGAUCGUGCUCGGUGGUUUUGGACCUACAUUUUCAAUUGCAUCAAAAAAUGGUAGAAUACAAUUCGACAGUAUCAGUAUUGAUCCUCGAGUUCGUCAUACAGUCUGGUCUGUACUCAUCGGUAGUACUUUUAAUGCCCUGUCCACCUAUGGUUUUAAUCAAACACAAAUCCAACGAUAUAUGUGUGUUCGAACAACACGUGGUGCUGCUCAAGCACUGUUUAUUAAUGCAGUGGGUUCAGCAUUCAUCAUUCUUUCAUCUUGUCUCAUUGGAAUUAUUAUUUAUGCAUACUAUGCUGAUUGUGAUCCAUAUACGGCUAAGUUUAUCUCAGCUAUCGAUCAAAUAUUUCCUUAUUUUGUGAUGGAAGUAUUAAGUAAUAUACCUGGUUUACCAGGAGUUUUUCUUGCUUGUAUCUUUUCUGGUUCAUUAUCAACAAUAUCUUCUGGACUAAACAGUCUUACAGCUGUGAUUAUUGAAGAUGUUUAUAAAGGAGCUGUUGUUAUGCUAUUAACUUAUGUAGUUAGUCACCUUGGACCUAUACUGAAUGCAUCGACAUCUCUAUUUGGUGCUUUACAAGGACCGAUUAUGGGUGUUUUUUUCCUUGGUUUCUUUUUUCCACGAGCUAAUCACCGUGGAGGUUUAGUUGGUUUCGUUUCUGGUGUUGCUUUGCCAUUAUGGAUUUUCGUAGGAUCACAAGUAACCAAAAACCAAAGAAAAAGUGAACGUUUACCAUUAUUUACUACGAAUUGUGCCCUGUCAAUUAAUGAAACAAGAACUUUUCCUACUUCACCCAGAACUGAUCCAUUACUUGAUCUAUAUUCUGUGAGUUAUAUGUGGUAUUCACCCAUUGCUGUUAGCACAGUCCUUAUUGUUGGUCUUAUUGUCUCGUAUUUAACUCGUCCACUUAAACCUCAUGAGGUCGAUCCAAAAUUGAUUAUACCGAUAGAUGAUGUUUGUUGUUGUUGCUUACCAAAAAGUGUUCGUCAUUGGCUUCGCUGUGGUAUUGAUCAUGAAAACUAUCUUAACGAAAGGGAAGAUAACAACGAGAAUGAACUGAACGUUACGAAGCCCUUUCUUCCCGUCGAAUCCAAUAUUGCUUUUCCAGUGGUGCUGAUUUCGAAAAAACCAGAUGAUAGUUGA